CCCUCCUUAUUCAAUUUCCAAUACUGUCCAACGACGGCGUUUCUUUUCAAUCACAUCUCACAGUCGCAGGAAAUGAGAUUUUAGAGAGAGAAAGAAAGAGAGAUUAGGGCUUCAGCUCGGGUUUCACGAUGGAAGGUCUCAUCGUUCGUGGCACAGAAAGCGGUGCCGGAGAUAACAAGAUAAAAGGAGGGAAAAUAGCGAAGGGAUCUUCAAUUGGAAGCACCUCGAGGAAGAGGCUUGCUGAUAUAAGCAACUUGCUGCAUCAGCAGCCUAAACCAGCAAUCCAACAGGUGAAGCAGCAAUUUGACUCACUUACAAAUAAAGAGUAUGUUGACAAUCUACAGAAGGAAAAUGGGACACUGAUGAAACUUCUUGCUGACAGAAACAAAAUCAUUGAAUUGAGCAGAAUAGAGUUACAGAGCUUUAGGAUCAAUCUGCAAAAAGUACAGCAACAGAACUUGCAACUUGCCCAAGCAAAUAGCCAGAUGUUAGGGGAACUCAAUUCAGGUAAAGAUAGGUUAAAGGCACUCCAGCACGAACUUGCAUGCAGAAAUGGUUUGCUCAAAGUGAGAAAACUGGAGGCUGAGGAGAGAGAGAAAAGAGGAACAUGCCAAAAUACAGAAAAUGAGGUAUAUUCAGCUAAGUAUGCUGAGGCAGGGGAGUCCUUGCAAGAAGACAAGGAGAAUGGGUCUUGUACCAAAAGGGAACGACAACCAAACAAUCUGCCUUUGGGCACUCCUACUGUUGAAGUAGUCCAAGUUAAAGAGAAGGCUGACAACAAAAGACGUUUGAGAAGGCAGUCUGCAAGGUUUAAAACUGAAGAACGGGAAGCAACUGAAGAUUUGUUUGAGACCAAUGGUGAAAAAGUUCCUGUCUCUCCUCUAUGUGAUAAUGUGGUUCAUGAAAGUGGUCCAAUAUGUUCAUUAGUGGAAAAAAAAGAUCCUACUAUUGAAGCAAUCCAAGCUAAAGAGAAGCCUGGCAACAAAAGACGUUUGACAAGGCAAUCUGCGAGGUUUAAAACUGAAGAACGGGAUGCAACUGAAGAAUUGUUUGAAACCAACGGCGACAAAUUUCCUGUCUAUCCUCUACAUGAUAACGUGGUUCAUGAAAGUGGUCCAACAUGUUCAUUACUAGAAAAAGAAACUCCUACUAUUGAAGCAGUCCAAGCUAAGGAGAAGCCUGAAAACAAAAGACGUUUGACAAGGCAGUCUGCAAGGUUUAAAACUGAAGAACAGGAAGCAACUGAAGACUCGGUUGAGACCAACGGCGACAAAUUUCCUGUGUCUCUAUGUGAUAAUGUGGUUCAUGAAAAUGGUCCAACGUGUUCUUCAGUGGAAAAAGAGGAUGAAGGAUACAGUGCCCCAAGAUCUGAAGGUCAGGAAUGUCGAAGAUCAUCUACAAGGCCACUGCGACGAGCAGCUGAGAAGAUCACGUCAUACAAGGAAAUUUCAAUUAAAGUGAAGAUGCGGAGAGAUUUCUGAGUCAGUUAUUCUCAACUUGGCACUACAUUCUUUUGGUAACAUAAAAAGCAAACACGUAAUUGUCAUCUCCUGUCUUUGUGCCUUUUGAUAUAGUCUUGUGAUAUAAAAUUACUCUCUUUAGGAUAAAUGCUUCUAAACUUGUAAAGUUUCAUGCUGAUCUGGUUUCUCUUAAUAUCAUCAGCAGAUGUUCGUUUAGAAUGCUCAAUCCUAUUGCUGUAUUACUCCAUCAUUGCAGUACUAUGU